UGAAACAAACCUGCAAACCAGCGCGUGGUGGAACUGAGGCGUUUGUUCCUACCCGAGUUACAAAUUGUGGCACACCGUGGUUUCUAGUGUGUGAGGCUUUUUCGUUUCGUUUCUGUUGUAUCCUGAUUUUUACCAAUGGACUGACAUCGGCCUGCAGAAAUGCUGUUUAAAGAUCUUCCCAGGGAGGCUCUGAUGCGGCCCUUGUCCAGGAAUGAAGUGGUGGGCAUGCUGCUGAGGUUGACCAUCUUUGGUGCAGCGACCUACUACAGUAUCAAAUGGGUUGUAGAAGCCAUGGACCCUACCUCCAAACAGAAAAGCCAGGCCAAGAAAAGGGCGGAACAGCUGAUGAAGAGGAUCGGCGUGGAAGGUGUGAAACUAACAGAGUAUGAGAUGAACAUUGCUUCUCACCUGGUUGAUCCUCAAACUAUGAAGGUGACCUGGAGAGAUAUAGCUGGUCUGGAUGAGAUUAUUAAUGAGCUGCAAGACACAGUCAUCCUGCCCUUUCAGAAAAGACAUCUUUUAGCUGGAUCCAAACUCUUUCAACCUCCCAAAGGGGUUUUAUUGUUUGGUCCUCCAGGAUGUGGGAAGACCAUGAUCGCCAAGGCAACAGCCAAAGCCUCGGGCUGCAAGUUCAUCAACCUUCAGGCCUCCACGCUAACAGACAUGUGGUACGGCGAAUCACAAAAGCUGACAGCUGCUGUCUUCACAUUGGCCGCCAAAAUCCAGCCCUGCAUUAUCUUCAUUGAUGAGAUUGAGUCAUUUCUGAGGAACCGCUCCAGUUUGGACCAUGAAGCCACAGCUAUGAUGAAGGCCCAGUUCAUGAGUCUGUGGGACGGCCUGGAUACUUCCUCAACCACCCAGGUGAUGGUGAUGGGAGCUACAAACAGGCCACAGGACGUGGAUCCAGCCAUUCUACGCAGAAUGCCCACCACUUUUCAUGUCGGCCUGCCAAACACAAGACAAAGACAGGACAUCCUGAGGCUGAUUUUGGCAGGGGAAAACCUGAGCAAUGCCAUUAAUCUGAAGGAGAUUGCUGAGAAGACAGAGGGUUAUUCUGGCAGUGACCUUCGGGAGCUUUGCCGUGAUGCAGCCAUGUAUCGAGUCCGGGACUACGUCCGCAAGGAGCAGAUGAGGCAGAUUGCUCAGCAGCUCCAGGACUGCCAGGAGGAGGAAAAACCCGUGGGUGAAGAGCGGUUACGGCCGGUCACCCAGCUGGACCUCCUCUUCGGUCUGGACAAGAUGAUGGAAUCAAAGCGGGCCACAGCCUUCGUGUCACCCAGUGUGUCUGAUGUUCCCCUGGAUUAACCACCAACAGGACAGGACACAGUGUCUGCAGUACGUUCCAAUUCACCAAGCACAGGCUCCUCCAACAUGUGGAAGGUGCAGUUGGAAAAGCCAGUAGGCAGCCAUACUCUUAAGUUUAUUUAUCCAGGAGCAGGAGUUGUUCUGAGCAUGCUUAUUGUAGCAAAACCCUGCUACAUGUGUACAGUUCUAAUAGAUUCAGAUAUCUCAUGUCUCCUACAAGACACUGACCCGCUCUGUUGGAGAGACUUGGAGUCAAUGACUUGCUCAAGGUCAAGGACGAAGGUUUGUUUUUCAUAAACUUACAGUUUAUUGCACAUAAUACUACUCUACUACACCACUACAUACACACCACCAAGUAAGCAUUAGGCUCAGUGAUGCGUGCUUCAUGAUGACACAAGAUUCACGAGUCAAAGUCUGGACUCCAGACUUUAAUAGUGAAUAGUAAUCUUUAAAUCAACCAUCAUUACCAUCUCUCUUUUUUUAGGUAAACAUAUCUGAUUAAGAAAGACUUUAAAGUGAUAUCAUUUAAUGUAACAAUGAUCCUGGUGCCCCUAAGUCACAUCACACUAUUGUCACAUUAUACUCUAAGUGUUUUUGCAUGACAGCAAAUUAAAAUAAGUCCUUUCAGUAAUAUCAUUUUAUCAAAUGAGGUAUCAAGCAAAGAAAUAACAUUUUCAGGAAUAUCAGUAUUCAAAAAAAUAAAAGCUAUGGGUCAAUUUCUCUUUUUUUAAAUGUCAGAUUUAAGUUUAAUUACUCAAAAAUAAUACUUGUUUGGAUGAAAAUUGAAGUGGCUUUCUACUUACUGAUACUGCCAAAACAUUGGACGCCAUCCAUCACUUUUUGCUUUCCAUGAUUACUCACAUAUUUGAUCAACAACGUUGUUUUUUAAUGAUUGUUUGAUUGCUUCUUUUAAUAGCGUAAGAGUGUACAUACAUAGAACACACAAAAGAAAACAGUGAUGCGAUUGUAAAGUGAGUGUAAUGAAUUACUGCUCCCAAGGAGUACACAUUCUGAAUAUUUCUUUUGAAAUUACAAUAACAUGUGACAGAUAAAUGUGUGUUUUUGAUCACAAAGUGAGCACUACUGUAGAGACUGUCAAAUAACAACCCAUAUUUUUAAAUUCAGAGGCCGGAUGUUACAGAUUUAAACUUUAAACUGUAGAUUUAAACGUUCAUCACUUUUCAGUAUAUUAGGACAGGAUAAUCUCAGUUUUAAAUAAAAAACGAAGAAAAAAAAGGAAAACAAAAGGAUCACAAUGAAAGCUCUCCGUUAACCAACCAGUAAUAACCAGUUAUCUCAGUAAUCAUUACCCUUCUAUCAAAUGGCUUUAAAACAUAGAUUUGUAUCACUACUCAGUCCUCCUCUGCUGUUAGCAGGGGUAUCACAGGAUUUGUGUUUGUAAAUGUGGAAGCAAAAUUGCUGGGUUAUAGUUUAAGGUGCAGUGUGUCAGAUUUAGGGGGUUCUAUUUACAGAAUAUAGCAGAGAUUGAAUAUAAUAUGCAUGUUUUCAUUAGUGUAUAAUCCCCUUAAAAUAAGAAUUGUUAUGUUUUAGUUACCUCAGAAUGAGCCUUCCAUAUCUACAGAAACUGUAGAUCACUGUAGGUUUUCUUCCACUGUGUUGGACCACCAGAACAGACAAACCAAAUUGUGGCUCUAUUGGAGUACUGAUCGUGCUUUUCACACCUUUCACGGCCAUUGUAGUUACUGCUAUACACUCUGAAAUGGAGAGCGAGGCCACAUGGCAGCAACUUUCGCCACAAGAUGCCACUAUAUGCAACAACACACUGGUCCUUUUGGGUCAAGACUUGCUUUGUGAUGACAAGUCUUCUACACUCAAAAUGACAAUAGCUGUUACUUUGUUAAUUGUUUUCAGAGUGUUUUUAGUGUCAUGUUUAUUUGUCGUUCUGAUUAUUAGUGAGUCUCCAUUGUUUUUCUUUGAAUACUUUUUCUAACAAACUUCUCAUGUCACCUUCUGUGCAUCAAUCAAUGACUGACAAAUACAAAUACUGUCCUUGCAACACACAUCAGGGCUUUAAAAAUUCAACCACUUUCAAUCAGCUGUCAGUCUGAAGUUGUUUCAGCGUGCUUUUUCUGUCUUCCCUCUCUAUCAAAAGCCUAAAUAUUUUCCACAUGGUCGCAGCAUGUGUUCAUGGAUCUGUUUGUGGCUCUCAUGCAGUCCUUUCUUCCACACAGUCUUGAGCAAGCGAGGGAAUAUGUCAUUCAACCUGACCAUGUGGUGGCACUGUAGCUUCACUGUCCUGUUACUGAGGCAGCCGGACAUAUGGACUGCUCACAUGUAGAGCACUUCUACAGCAUUAUGGUGAGAUAAUCAAAUAGAGAAGCCUACUAACUGGAUUGUUUCUCCCUUAUUGGUUUAUUCAUUGUUGCUCUUCAAUGGAGUACAUCUGGUGACAGUGAAAGGUCAGAUUGUUGCCAUGUAAACCAAUAAUUGCAGCUCACAGGUCUUAGUUCCAUUUCUUGGAGAGAGGAAACACCUGUGGAAAUGCUUUCCCUCAAUGCAGUAUCAUCAGUGCCCCUAUGAGAUUACGGUUCAUUUUAUUUUAAGUUACGUGUAUGUGUUGAAUAUUGUAUGUUAACCAUGUACUAUGUAGGACGUGUAUUUAUUUAUUUAUUGACACUGAAAGAAAAUCUUCUUUCAAGCAGGAAAAUGUUACUUUGUUUAUUUCAGCAUGGAUUUCAACCCCUGGUCUUUGUCCUGUCCAUGUUUAUGUGUCCUAAAUGUAAUAAAUGUCAUCAUUCCUGAAA